UACAUUUUCUGAUAAGAAUGCAAUAAAUAUCCCGACUGGUUGGAGUAAUUUCAAGUUUUUGAAUUAAAAAUGCCUUAAGACACGUUUUUAAAGAGUCAUGUAGAGUUAACACCAGUGCCACAUAUCCUGGGAAUGGAGCACCAAUCAAAAGUCAUCAUUAAGCGGCCCAAAUCAGGCCAAUUCUAGUCGGAAAGUCGUUGCAGCCGCCCAUCGCCACCAUGUCGAAUGAUGUGCAGGUCGCCCGAGUGGCCAAGAUAGCCACCGAUGUGCCGCGUCGCAAUGGCAAGCAGCGUGACUCCAGUGGAUUUCAGGGCAAGCACUCCGGCAGCGCGGCUGGCGAGGAUUUCGAGUACGUCUUCGGCAGCAUUUCGCCGCGCGGCGGAGGACCCGGUGGCAGGCACUUGGUGGGAUCCAGCGACCUAGACUCCCCGGAGCACACGCAGCGGGACACCACCGAGAGCGACAACAACAUAUCCAGCUGCUCCACGCUAGACAUUGUCAACAAAGUUGAGCAACUGUCGGUGCAACAGCUAGAAAACCGGGUGCGGGAUCUCACGCAGCGUCUGCAGCAGGCAGAAAGGCAGCUCACAGAGAGCAACACGGAGCGGGAAAUAUGCCACAAGCGCUUGGAGGUUGUCAGCCAGGCCCACGAGUGUCGCAUCACCGAGAUGCACUGUGUCAUAGCCGAGUUAAGCAAGAAACUGCGCAGCAAACAGGAUCACGUUAUCAUGGAGGAGCAGGAGCCGGAAGGCAGCGUCUUAUUUUCAGAACUCAGCUUUCAGGAGGGUUCAGUGUACAACUCCGAGCUUAACCUCACCAAUCCUGAUGCCGAAUGCCAGACGGAACCACUGGAAGACUUCGAGGGCGCCUGCAGUACCACUAGCGUGGGUAACGUUGCCCACAAACCGCAGGAACUGAGCCAUAAGGGACAAGUGGAGGCACUUCAGGAGGAAGUUCUGCACUUGAGAGCUCGAAUCGCCCUACUCCAGUCCGAGAUUUCCACCAAGGACGCUGCUGUGGUCGAGGAGCAGACCAAUGUCGCCUUCGACUGCGAAUCGGAAGUCAACGAGUGCGGACAGCGACUGAAUGAUUUGAAUGUUUGCACUUCCUUGACAAGUCCGCAAAAACGCACUCCAGCGGUACCGAAAAUGGCUGAACGGGUUAAGUUGCGAUGCGCCAGCAAACAAGAAUCCGGAGAAGAUCCAUCACAAGAUACUUCGAUGAGCAACGAGCAAAUUAAUCUGGUCGAACAUUUGGUGUCGGAGCUAAAGGAGCAAAACCUAUACAUGGAGAACUUUAUGGAGCCCCUACAUUUGAGCAAAGAUAUCGAGCGACUGCAACGACGUGUUGAACAAUUGGAGAUGCGAAACACCAUGCUGGCACUAACGCUAGACGAAUGCAAGGAGCACACUGAGCAUCUGUAUCUGCUAUGCGGAAAGUACGAGUCCAAUGCGGUUGCUCUUCAGUUGGCGCUUAAUUGCAGUGAUCGCGCCAUCGAAGCCUACGACGUAAUGUUGGCACUGCUCGAAAGCAAGUUGGCACUGCUGGGAGAGAAAUCGGUGGCAGCGGAAGACAGUCGACGAUCGGUGGAGUCGGUGGCCCGGCACCUGCUGGCCCGUUUGGAUAGCGAGAAAAACGUGUGUGAGAAUAGCCUGGGACCGUGGCAACACAACAUCAACCUGGGCCCAGAGGAUGCACCGAAAACUGGCCGGCCGUGGUGUGCCGACGACGACAACCGCCUGCGGUACCACGUCUCCAAGCUAAAGGGACGUCGUUCCAAUGUCCAGCAUACCAUUGUCAGUCUGGAAUCACCCUUCAGCGACAUAUACGAAAGAAAGCGCCUGGCUUUGGAAAAGGAGCACGAACUGCGGAGCGCGGACAAGAAGUCACCCAUUGAUUUGGAGACAGCAGUGAUUAUGCAAGAAAUACUCGAGCUGCGGGAUUCGAAUUUGCAGCUGAAGACGAAAAUGGAAGAGGCCGAGCAGGAACGGCAGAACGCCAACGAGCGAGUGGGCAUACUGCACGAAGCCCUAAAGCAGCUGCAGGCAAACAAUCGAGUCUCGUAUUCGGAGGCGGAGCAUGCGGCUCUCACAGAGCAGCAGUUGGUGGAGGCCUUAACUCGAGAAACGGAGCUCAAGGGUCGCAUACAGACGCUGUUGGCGAAUGUAACAGCUUCUCAGAGGGCCUUCGACGAAAAAUACGAGCAACUGCAUCAGAACGUGCGUGAACUGCAGAAAUCCAACCACAAUCUGGGCCAAAUGUUGGAUCACACCAAGCGCAAGUACCAGCUGCGGGUGAGGAAGCUGGAGCAGAAGAUUGUUGACCUGCGGCUGGACUACGAACAAGGCCAUAACCAUGUUCCUGAGACUACUCUGUAGGAAACGCAUGACGACCUUCCAGGAGGACUGAGCAACUGGGCGUGGAGCGGGCGCGCUUGUCACAUAUCCCGCAAAAGAUCUUUCCCUCUCGAUCAUAUCGCUUAUUUUACCUUUAAUGCAAUGACCACCCGCCCAGCAGUCUCCCUGGAUCCGCCAUGACCAAGACAGUAUCACGAAUGUGCCAUGCGACUUAAUUGCAGUCGGCUGGGGCUUGGGCGGUGUCCCUGCCCCACAGAUAAGGCUGCAGUAACUACAUACUCAAAUACAUACAUAUUCAGAGGUGCCAUGAGCAAGGCUCCACCAACCUAUCCAUAGAUCCGUGGGAUUGGAGCAUUCGUCUCUGGGCCACAAGCAAUUACAUAUACACACAUACGAAUAGGCAAACUAAGGAGUUAUUCAAGACGCAUACACGGAAUCCUAUAUUUAUACAAUGUAUUCGCAUUUUGCUUGUUAUAUGAUUCAAUAUGUAUUUAAAACUGUACAAAAUAUAAAACGUCUACUAAAACUAGCUAAAA